AUGCUAUCGGAGACUGACUAUGCGGCGGAUGGACAUCUCAGUGCUGGGGACCGGAUAGAUUCAGCCGGUGCUCCUGGUGUCCAAUGCUCGGUUUGUAGCAGUACCUUCCGGCGACCAGAACAUCUCAAGCGACAUCUGCGCAGUCAUACCAAGGAGAAACCCUUCGAAUGUGCACAAUGUGGCCGCCACUUCUCUCGAACUGAUACGCUACAUCGACACGAACUGAGCCAUCAUACACAAGGAGGCGAUGGGGGCAAGGACCGCACUCAUCGAAUCACUGUCAAGACUUUUCGGGCCUGUUAUGGCUGUGCAAUGGCUAGAGUGCGCUGUAGUGGUGGCAGUCCAUGCGGAAGAUGUGAUACCCGCUCACUUAAGUGUCAGUAUCCCACUGAACGACGUUCAAAAGCGAAGGCUCGAAAUGGAACCUCACGGCGCCUGUCUGUCACGGAGGACAAUGAACCACAAACCAAUGAGCCCUUGUCACCUAAGCCCUACGCAGACCACACAGACUCUGCAAUAAUGGAGGGUACAAUGUCAUUCCAGCUAACACAGCUACCUGUGAACGAUAUGAACGAUUCACAACGGACGCCUCUUACUUCAGGCCAGGACCAUCCCGCAAACACCCCAUCCCAAUUGACUGAUUCAGAUGGGAGGGCUUCAGUGGCGGGGAUCUCAAACCCUCAGCUCUAUGCGCCACCUUCAAACAAAACUUCAGUUACACCACAGAUACCACCGACGGUCUACCAGAAGGAUGACUGCCCUCAGCCAUAUAAUGGGCUUGCCAACCCUAUUCCGCCGAAUCUCUACGCAGACGAAUCAGUAACAAGCAUGAGCUCCGGAUUGAGACAAACUCAGCAAAGUCUACCCGGUUCAAGAGUUGAGAUGGAUCUUGACAUGACCGGAAACUCAGAGAUGGCGAUGGAAUUUGACCCAUCGUUUUUCGACCAGUCCAUGCUCUCUACAAUAAACUGGUUGCCCAACGAGCUCUUCACGCCUAGGGAUCAGAGUCAAGGAUCUGGAGCCCCUUCACAAUACUGCCAGCCUCCCGUUUCAAAUUCUUAUGCCGCCGACGCGACAUGGCAGCCACCGGUUAUCGGUACAAGACAGAUCAGCCCGCCGUUGUCUGGAAAUGUCCCUCAAAUAUCGUCUGAAAAUAUAUCACUCGGGACGGGGUUGGGCAGUCAUCGGAGACUCUCAAAUGUUACUAGCGAGACAUCAGCAAAUUGGAUUCAGCAAAAUUAUCAGGGCAGUAUUAUGUUGAUGGCACUGGCGCUCGACUUCCUAGGUACAGAAAGAAGCAAGCUUCGUGGUCCAUCUCCUCAGUUGAAGCCCCCCCACUCCGGGAAUUCGUUGCCCGAGGGGACUCCGCGGAAAUUCGGAUUUCCAAUUUCAUGCGAGAUUCGCGUGGAGAACAUUUCAGAACGUACCAUCCGAUCAUUGAGGCCAAUCGACCCUCCUAUAUAUGAUGAAAUAUACGGCGAGUUUCUUCUACUAUGCCGCAACGACAAUCCAUUCUUUGAAAUGUUUGAGUCCACGCACUUUCCAACUGCAGAUGAAUGCAAUCGAUACAUUGCUUUCUACUUUGAUUCGUUCCAAACCGUUUAUCCGAUGCUCCACCUUCCCACAUUCGAUCCAAACCAAUGUCAUUGGCUCUUGACUUUAGCAAUCGUGGCGACUGGAUGCCAUUGUUCAGGCACCCCUGAGACUGAUCAAGGUACUGCUGCAUUUCACGAAAUGAUACGCCGAGCCUUCUUAGCCAAGAAGAACAUAGGCAGCCCAAAUCAGUAUGCUCUCGAUCUGAUCCAAGCCAAGCUGCUCAAUUGCAUAGGACUUCUGUAUAGUGGCAAUGAAGGAGAUCAGCGCUCUGCCAUGAGUAGCUUCAGUGAUCUGGUGGCGCUUUCGAACCACGAAUGGCUACUGGCCUCCCGUUCGAAAAAGACACCAACGUCGAGCAGGACUUCAGAUGACGCCCAUUGGACCCGGUGGGCCCACGAAGAGGUCCGCAAACGAACUGGAUACUGUAUUUGGCUUUUGGACAGCACACUUGCAUAUUCCUUUGAAGAGCGUCCCCUUCUCUCACUAGAUGACGGACAGGCUGCCCUACCCGCACAUGAGAGGCUGUGGGAAGCGAACUCCGCGGAGGCAUGGAAGCAGCAAUGGGCAAACUCAAUAGGCAAUGAAUCUCUCUAUGAUGCUGUACAUAUUCUGUACAUUGAAAAAAGACUUGUUUCGGGAAUCGGAGAGUUCAGCCAUAUUCUUCUCAUUCACGCCCUCUACCAACGGAUGUGGGAAGUUGGCGAUUACUUUCGUCGGCCUCUUUCAUUCUGGAACCCCACUGCCAAAAAGCAGUCUUGUGAGACCGCAAUUCCCACAGGCUCUGUAUGGCUACCGGGGAUUCCAUCCUACUCCAAAUGGCGCAAUAGUGCAUGUGAUUGUCUAGAUAUUUUACACUGGACAGCCAACAGCACCACUGCAAAAGCUGCUGGCCUUGAACAUCCCACCGUGCUCCAUCUUCACACUGCACGCCUCGUCCUACUGGCACCGUUCCGCGAGAUCCGUUCUCUGGCAAAUUCUUUAGUCACGGACAGAUCACAAUGGAACAAACGACAGCAAGUACUCGAGUGGCAAUACAUCUGGCGAUGGGUAAAACACGACCAAUAUAAGGCCCGUUUGUCUAUCAUCCACGCCGGUGUGACUCUUUGGCACAUUCGACGAUAUUCAACAAGUGCCUACCACGAACCAGUAGCCGCUUUCCUCGCGGUGCUGACACUAUGGGCAUAUGGUUCUUGCCACACAACUGAGUCUCAGGAUUCCAGUCCGCGUUCCGAGUCAAAUCGAGGGGAUGUAUCGCAGGAGCCAAAUUUUAUUCAUCUAGACCGGCCGUGCGAUGAUGAGCUCGUUCAACUUUUUGUACGAGAAGGAUAUGCGAUGAGGGGUAAUGUGACUGGCGUCGGGGAUAUUUGUUCCCCCGAGGGCCCAGAGCGGAUCCUACGAAUGGGAUGUGAAACACUAUCUGGUCUGACGGCGUGGGGUAUAUCGAAGAAACUGAUCGCGACCUUAACGCAGCUGGCGGAUAUCAUGUCGCAGAAUCGUGAUAUGGAGCAGGGCCAUGGUACUUCUUUGGAUGCUCGCUGA